AUGGAGAAGUUCACGAACUGGAGAGACAAAGGUACUGGGAUUGCUCCUUUCCUACCACCGAGUGUCGGGUCGAUCGGCGUAGCCAGCAUGGUCGGUUACAUCGUCUUAAGCGUUCUGAAGACAAUUCUGAUAUCUCCAUUGGUUGCGGUCUAUGUGCUGACUGGGAGCAAGCCCCUGUUCGGGUUAAUUGCGUAUAUUCUCUUUGACUGGAAGGUCGAUGUUACGGUCCAAGGUGUCAAGAGACGUCUACUUAACAAACGGGAACACUAUCCCCACGAGAAUGCAGUUUACCUGUGCAAUUCAUCAUCUGCGGUCGACGCCCAUGUCCUUGACAGUAUAGCGAACGGAGAGCCCUCGUUCUUGAUCGCCAGGGACAACCAGCUGUUCAAGAUGAGCAAGAGCCAGUACAUGCAGUUUGCACUAGACGGUUCGUUAAACGUCAAGAAAUAUGGUAAAGAGAUACAUAGUAUCGAGAAGUCCAGCGGCCAGGUAACUUUUAUAUUCCCCGAGGGGACCUGUUCGAACGGGAAAACAGUCCUUCCGUUUGAGAUAGAUGAGGAGCACUUGGCUGAGUUUUUAGAACCACUUGGAAGCAACGUAGCGGUUCAGGUCAUCCAUUUGAAAACCAACGCUUCUCUUACAACCCCGUUGAGGGUGUCCAAGUGGGAGUUCGUCAGCAGAGCAAUAGUGAACGGCGUCCACGUCAAGGUGAAGAUGCAUGAGCCACAGGGCUUGAGGCCGCUCGAGAAGCUAAGAGUUGUCAUGAAUGAUGGGAACAAGUUCAAGCUAGUCUCAAAGACAUUGAAUGUCGAAGCCAAGAGAAAGUUUGUAGAAGAAUACGAGAAACGUUAA